ACGGGGUGGAGCCAUACUACUACGUCAGUUGGGAAAAGAGUAUUUAAGGGUGAGGAAGGAAGAGAGUAAGCACCUUGCUUCGGUAACUUCCUCUCUUCUAUCAACAAUCAUGAAGGUUUUCAUUUUACUCUGUGUCGUAGCAGCCGCUUAUGGCCAACUGCACCUUGUACACCCCAAUGGUGCUAGCAGCAACUUCCGUUCUCAGGACCUUGUAGGCAACUAUAAUUUCGGCUACAAUGAAGGACACCCCACUGGUGGAACCUUCCGUAGAGAAUCCGGAGAUAUUGCAGGCAACAAAGUUGGCUCCUACGGUCUCUCCGACGCCGAUGGUCGUAGACGUGUUGUCAACUACGUAGCCGAUGCUGCCGGUUUCCGUGCUACCAUCAAUACCAACGAACCAGGUGUCGAUCCAUCCAAAGAUCCAGCUGCAACAGCAGUCAACAAAGGUGCCAUCGCUCCAGGUCUUCUCCACCACGCUGCUCUUCCAUACGCCCACGGUUUGUAUGGCGCGUACGGUCAUCACGGUUUGUACGGCGCGUACGGUCAUCACGGAUCAAUUGGAAGGAAAAAUAACGACAAAGAAGCGUCUUACGAGGUGUAUUUGCACCUCUUGUUGUUCGCUCUUGUGGCUGCAGCCAGAGCUUUGCCACUUUUACCGGCAUCAAUUAUUUCAACCGGUACCAGCAUCCAGCAGCGAGUGCAGGACCCUGUAGGAAAUUACCAAUUCGGAUACACGGAAGGCCACGCUACCGGCGGCACUUUCCGUAGAGAAGUAGGAGACAUCGCAGGCAAUAAAGUUGGCUCCUAUGGACUCACCGACGCCGACGGACGUAGAAGAGUAGUCAGCUACGUAGCCGAUGCCGCCGGUUUCCGUGCUAAGGUAGACACCAACGAACCAGGUGUCGAUCCAUCCAAAGACCCAGCUGCUGUAGCCGUCAACAAGGGAGCCAUCGGUGCACCCAUCCUUGCUGCACCCUUAGCCGCUGCUCCAUUGGCUCCCGCUCUUGCAGCACCUCUCGCUUCUUCUGCACUAGUUGCAGGAAGUCCCCUCUCUUACAGCAUUUCUAUCCCAUACAUGGGUUUGGCCAGUCCUUUAAUCAUCUAA